AUGCCUCCCAAGAAAAAGGGCAAGCGAGGCGCCAGCUCCAAGACAAAGGAGAAAGAGGCGGUGAAGGUGGUAUCGGAGGGCAUUUCCGAGCAAACGAAAGAAUGUUAUGAGGUGCAGAUCCGAGAUCUGGAGGGACGACUGGAACGGUAUCAGAGUAAAUGGGAUGAAAUCUGUGCAAAGGAGCAUUUGAAGGAGUCCCAGUAUGAAAAGUUGUCCAACGACAAGAAGGAGAUUGUCUCCUUUCUAAAACGUACCCUAAACCAGCGCAUGGAUGAGAUUGCUGACUUGAAUGACCAACUUUUGGGUCUCCAGCAGGCUAAAGAUGCAGAGAAGGAUGCGUAUGAGGCUCAGCUGGCUCAGGUGCGACAUGAACUGCAAGACACUAAGGAGCGGCUCACCUCAGAGAAUAUGCUCCUAGCGGGGAAGCUGGCAUCAUUAGAGGAGUUCAGAGUGCAAAAAGAAGAGCUUAUGGGCAAAUUUGCCACUUUAGAGGAGAAACUAAAAGAUCAAGAGCAGGAACACAAAGAGACAAUGUAUAUUCUGGAGAAGAAGGCUGUGCUGGACAAGGACAGACUAAAGAAAGAGAUGGUACAGCGUGUCAGUACAGUGGCUGCUGAAUUCCGCAGAGAAUCCAACAAUCAGAUGGCAGAGACUACAAAACGUGCCAUCCGAGAGAACGUUUCCAUCAGCUUACAGCUUUCCAAGAUGUCUGACAAAAGCAUAGAGCUAAUUAGUGAGAACGAUCUCCUGAAAGAUCGCAAUUCAGAACUCACUAAGCAGCUUGAGGUGCUGGAAGAGAAUGAGAAGGAGCUGGUGAAGAACAAUCUCAGUAACCAAAAGGUGAUACGAAUGCUGACGGACAAAUGCCAGCAGCAGCAGGAGACGUUGGACUUGUUGGAACACACACAACAUGCCCUAAAUGAGCUUCAAUCUGAACAGCAUAAUCUAAAACAUGAAUCCCAACAACUCAAGCAGAAACUGCUGUCCUUUGAAAAUGAAUUGCACAAAACCACACAGGAUAAGGAGGGCCUGAGCAGACAGCUAGAGGAAGAGAAACAAAGGAGACUUGCAGUUGACAUGAUCCUAAGCCAAGCAGCUGCAUCUCUGAAGGAUAUGCUCUUGCAGAAACAUGGUGAAGAUGAAACUGAAAUGAUGCAGCUGGAGAGAAGGAACAAGAUGCUGCAGCAGCUGCAGUUACUGCUGGACAGUUCGGCUACAUUAGGCCUUGGAUCCAGUUUACAUGAAUUUGAGACAAAACAAGGUCAUAGCCUGAAAUCUCCCAAAGCUAACAGACAACCUGUCUCACCUAUAUUGAAAGGCCCAGGAGUCACGGCCCAUUAUCGAAUAGGAGACUUGGGUUUGGUGCCCAGACAAGAUCUAUCUAAUGCAGUCCUCAGCAAAACUGGCAUGCUAUCCAAAAUCACCAAACUUGGACCCUUAAGAGGGACUUCUGGAAUGUCUAAGGAGCUACUCUCAUGGACCCAGGAAGAAAAACAAAUAAAGCAACCGGCUUUGCCUGAUAUCUCUGCAGGGCCACCCAGCAAAACACUACUAAUGGCUAAAUAGUACACAGACAUGACUAAAUAAAAGAAGCAGAAAAGAACCCAUUUUUGAAUAUCAAGUGUUCUACUGUAUAUGUGGAGGACUGGCUUCACUGGAUCAGUUAAAUCAUGUUACACACAGUGAUGGGUUAGUAAUGAGAGAUUGACUAAGGUCAGUGACAUACAACCAGACAUUUAGCAUGUGUGAUAAAACAGAGUUGAUACCUAUGACAAAUAGAAAAAUAAAUGAUACAUUUUAGAAACUAUAGUUAAAAAAUAGAAUGCAAAUUUUGAUUUAACUUAUAAGGUUUGCCAUUUUGUGUAACAACCUGUUUCUUAAAGUGCCAAUACAAAAGUCAAUAAACUCAUCUCCUCCA